AUGCCGUCCAUCCUGAGCGACGCCGAUAAGGAGAUCGUCAAGCGAUAUGUGCCCAAGCAGAGCAACAAGAUCCAGGCGGUCGCCGUCGCACGGCUCUACGUCGCCUACCCCAACAAGUCGAGAUGGAACUUCACCGGCCUUCAGGGAGCUGUCGUGCUCGCGAAUGACCUCGUUGGCAACACGUACUGGUUGAAGAUGGUGGACAUCUCCCCGGGCAAUCGAGGCGUAAUCUGGGACCAAGAGAUCUACGACACGUGGAGUUACAACCAAGAUCGAACCUUUUUCCAUACCUUUGAGCUCGAGGAAUGUCUAGCCGGGCUAUCUUUCAGCGACGAGAAGGAGGCGAAGCAGUUCAAGAAGAAGAUGGACGACCGGGAAAAGAAUGCAAGCAAGGCAACGCGAGCUACACCAUUCGGCGGCGCUCCUUCAGGAGGAGGCGGCGGACACAAGCACUCUUUCUUGGGGGGCAUCUUCGGAGGACAUAGGCACUCCUCAGCACCGACACCUCCGGACUCACCAAGGCAUGCCAUACCGCACUCUGGCUCCGGAAGCUUCCACCACGGCCGCACAAGCAGCAUGAACGGGUACGAGCACCAGAGUCCAGUAUCCGAGUUCGCCACAUUGGAUGCCUUCAACCCUCAUUGGCGAGAACAGUUUGGAGACGAUCUGAAGGCCAGUGGCCUCAACGACGAAUUCAUUCGGGACAACCAGGACUUCAUCGUCGAAUUCAUCAAGGGCCAGGAACAGAACAACGCCGCGACUUCCGCCGCCCCGGCUGCUACGCCUUCUCCUCCACCACCCCCUCCUCCGGCGACGAACGGGUCUUCUCUCCGUGCACCUCCACCUCCUCCGGCAGCCAGCUCACCUUCACACCGAGAACCACCCGCACCGCCACCGGCUCGCAAGGGCGGACCACCCCCUCCCCCGGCCCCGAGAAGAUCGGGCAAAGCUGAUGAAGCUGUGCAAAGGGAACCAACCCCUCCAAGAGAGCCAUCGCCGCCUAGGCCGAAAUUCAACGCCCCACCACCCCUACCAGACGCUGGCAAGUACGCACGCGUGGAACCCGCCGCUCGGCGACCAGUUCCGGCUGCACCUGGCCCGGCCCCACCGCCCAGGCCGCCCAAGACACCAGUCGACGAAAGUGCAGACUCGGGCCACAGGUUCGGCGUCCCGCCGCCCUUCACAGGCCAACGGAGUGUUCCGCCGCCGCCUCCAAGCAGAGGCGGCGUGCCUCCGCCUCCGCCAGCCCGCAACGCUCAUGUUCCUGCGGGAGUACCGCCGCCAUUACCUCCCAAAGUCGGUGGCGCGCCUCCACCUCUGCCGCCUUCAACCUCUCGUCCCGUUCCACCGCCACCUGCCCCUCCAGCAAGAGGUGUGCCCCCUCCAUUACCAGCCGGCCACGCUCCGGUCCCGCCUCCCCUUCCCUCGUCGAGCGCACCGCCUCCUCCUCCUUUGCCCACCUCAUCGUCAGGCGGCAUGCCUCCUCCUCCUCCGCCGCCACCACCCAUGCCGUCCUCUAGCGCCGGCGGCGUUCCUCCGCCGCCGCCACCACCUCCUCCCGGCAUGGGCGGCGUCCCGCCGCCGCCACCACCGCCGAUGCCCAACCGGGACUCGGGCUAUGCGUCUGGUGUCCCGGCGGCAGCAGUGCCGAGUGCCGAUCCCGGUCGCUCGGCUAUGCUCGACGGCAUCCAGAAGGCUGGCGGUAUUUCCUCGCUGAAGAAGGUCGACAGGAGCCAGAUCAGGGAUAGGAGCGCUGCUCAGGUCGGCGGCGGCAGCGACACGGGCCCGCACGGCAGCGGGCUCCCUCCCGCGGGGGCGGCGGCGGCGGCGGGAGCCGGCGGCGGCGGUAUGGCUGAUGCUCUGGCGGCGGCGCUGCAGAAGCGCAAGGAGAAAGUCAGCGCGAGUGAUGACGAGGCUUCAGACGAUGAGUGGUAG